CGUGCGUUUUGCAUUCAACACUCAGUCGAGAAGCUACUUUUAGGGUCAUCAAACGCUAUAUAGCGAACCCUUGUGCUUGAAAACACUUUUAACAUCUUUUUAUGAAAGCCUUUCAUAAAAUAACUUAUAAGUUAAAGUUUCCUAUGACAUAUGCAGUGGAUUGUUAACAUGUGAUAAGUGAUUACUGGCGUUAGUACUUGAUGUUCGUGUUAAGUUUUGGUUAAGUUAGUGUUAAGUGUUAUGAGUGUUUCAAAUUAAAGUGCAAAUGUUGUUCCAAUACACUUCACUAUUUAUGGAUUGCUGAGUUAAAAAUGUGGGAAACCAUUCGCUACGUGAAAUCUGUAAGGAAAAAGGGGCUUUCUGUAUAGGCCCCGACAUCAUGUCCAGCGGGAGUUGUUCUGGACCGGGGAUGUGUGGGGGUGCGCGACGUCGCCCCCCACCUCCCCCUGAACCCGGGAUCUCUCUGGCUGCAGACCUAAGCGAGCUGAGUUUGGACCAGGGCUACCAUACUCUAGCCGAUUGCGGCCCACCGCGGCGCAGAAGAGAUAAUACCCUGAGUGAUGCAUUGUGGUUGAAAAUACUCUCGCAUCUAGAGGUGUCAGACCUGUGUCGGAUGUCCAGAGUUUGCAGACGAUGGGCCAGGCUCAUUACCAGGUUAACAGCAAGGCCAGAGGUCUGGAGACGGGUACGAGCUGCUGGACCUUUGGAGAUAGCAGUCCGGUGUGCCGGGGCUAGGGCUGGGCCAUGCGUCAGUGCUGUCAGGGAAUGGAGGUCGAAGAAUUGUGCUGUGACGAUAGCUGGCGCUCAGUUGCUGGCAGCGACAUUCAGGAACUUGACGCACUUGGCGGUCACAGGGUCCACCAGCAUGGAUGCACGGUCUCUGGCGCCGAUAAUUACGGAUUUAGUGGACCUUAGGCAUAUUGACCUGACUGGUUGCCCAAACGUGGACUGGCCGGAGUGGGCAUGGCUGGAGACGCGUCUGUCCACCCGCAAGCCACCAGUGGAGUACAUAGAUCUGACCGAUUGCGGUUUAGUCACGGAUGCGGGUCUAUGUGCAUUGCUGCAUACUUGUCCCUCGCUGCAGUACUUGUAUUUACGGCGGUGUACUCUAGUCACAGAUGCAGGCGUCAGAUGGAUCCCUUCAUAUUGCGCUCUCAAAGAGCUAAGCGUAUCCGACUGUACCGGGGUCACGGACUUCGGCUUAUACGAACUAGCGAAGUUAGGUCCAGCGUUGAGGUAUCUCUCUGUCGCUAAGUGUACUCAGGUGUCAGACUCCGGUAUCCGUACCCUCGCACGGAGAUGUUACAAACUCCGGUAUUUGAACGCGAGGGGCUGUGGAGCUCUUGGAGAUGAUGGGGUGGAGGCUGUCGCGAGGGGAUGCUCAAGGCUCAGGGCUUUGGACUUGGGAGCCACUGAUGUGUCGGAAGCUGGUCUUCAGAUUCUCGCGCGUUGCUGUCCCAACUUGAAGAAGCUGGCACUACGUGGCUGCGAACUCAUAGGUGAUGAUGGACUGGAAGCAGUAGCGUAUUAUUGCCGGGGUCUAACUCAAUUGAACAUACAAGACACGCCUGUAACAUUACGAGGUUACAGGGCUGUCAAGAAAUAUUGCAAACGGUGCGUCAUCGAACAUACCAACCCUGGGUUUUGUUGACUUAAAAAAAAAUUAUGAAAUUUACGAUGAAUUGUAUAUAAUAUGUAUAUUUGUGCAAUAAAAAGAGUUUCGAUAACUUUAAAAAAAGAGUUUGGAAAAAGAAAAACAAGGAUCAAAAUGAAUUUUUAUAAAA